UGGAUUAUCGCAAGCAAUUGACAUUAUAAGAUACGUAUAAAGUGCGGCAAGCGUAUUUGUUACUUCCAAUUAGUUUAUUGACUGAAAUUCCUCAAAAUGACUGCUGUGCCGCCGCCCGCUAACAUAUCCACACUUAUGCCAUUGGAACUGGUGGAUAAAUGCAUUGGUUCGCGGAUUCACAUCAUCAUGAAAAACGACAAGGAAAUGGUGGGCACUCUAUUGGGCUUUGAUGACUUCGUCAACAUGUUGCUAGACGAUGUCACAGAGUACGAAAAUACGCCCGAUGGACGCCGAAUUACAAAGCUCGACCAGAUACUGCUAAAUGGUAACAACAUUACAAUGUUGGUCCCUGGUGGCGAGCUUGCUGAAUAGCAAUAUAUUGAACCAUAUAAACUUCUAAUAAACACAAAUAAGAAAAAAGGA